AUGAAUGAGAAUAACAAAUGGGUGGCGGACCCAGCCCAUAGUCAGAAUGAAGAAGAGAAGCGGUCGAAAAGCAUGGAGGAGAUGUCACAGCAUCGCUCAUUGCAGGAUCUCUGGCUCCUCGUCGACAGCAUAGUCUACGAUCUCAGCGAAUUUGCCCUGGAACACCCCGGCGGACGCGAAGCUUGGAUACAUAUGUCGCCCGCCACGAUAUUGGUGCUGCUGGAGAUACGGAAGUGCUUGUUUGAUGGGAUGGAGGUGUAUAUCGACGGCGGCAUCACGCGGGGCACGGAUUUCUUUAAGGCUUUGUGUUUAGGGGAGAGGGCUGUUGGGAUUGGGCGCGGGUUUUUGUUCGCGCUGAAUUAUGGGAGGGAGGGCGUUGAGAAUUCAGGAGUGACGCCAAAAGCUGGCGUGGUAACGGCCGCUUCCUCACUAUCUUUGGCAUUCCGCCAAUUCACAAUCGCCAAGAUCAGCCCGUUUCAAGCAGCGCGCGUGAGUCUCGUCGUAAUGGCAACGUUGUGGUUAGUCGGCGAAACACAAAAGGCCCUCGUCGUGUCUUUAACGUCGAGGCGUCGUACUACGAUCAUGAUGGCAUCAACGAUUUGGUGCUAUCAUAAUCAAACAACGGCAGCGAAGCGGCCGCCUCAAAGGAAAAGAAGAUUCAGACGCAAACGAGAUAAGCUCAGACGUCGAAUAAGCCCCAACGAAGCAUGCUCGUUCGAAGAGGCGGUCUUCAAAGAAACAAGUCAGUCAGACUCUGAAGAAAGCUCAGAGGCUGAAGAGGGUGUCUUCCACAAGAGGCACGCUUCCGCCAAGAAGAAUAAGGCGGUCAUAGUCUGCUCUUCCUCCGAUGAGGACUCGGAUACCUUAAUAGAGUCAGACAUCGCCGAGGACAGCUCUGAGGACUCCGAGAGCUCUGAUAGUGGGUCUACACAAAAUAAGAAACUGGCGGCUAAGGAGGUAGCCCAGCCCGUCACUCCUCCUCAAAGUGAGGCCUAUUCUAGCGAAGAGGAGGCUGACGACACGCCCAUUACCAGCGAUGAAAACUCAGAUGAGGAAGUCAUUAUCGCUAAAAAACAGGCCUCAGUUCAGACGCCAGUAAAUACCGUCCCCCCUCCUCUAGAGAGUGACUCCGACUGCUCUGAUUCUGACGCCUCUAGAGAAGAAUCAGAUUCUGAAAAGCGAAGUCCUGGUUCUGAAGAGACUGCCAUCAAGGCACGGCCCCAGAAAAGCUUGGAGAAUAUUAGAAUGAGCAAAUAUAUAGAUGCCGAAUGGGGUAUUCGUGAAGAUGGAAUUAUAUGCUUCAUGAAGUCUCACGGGAAACCUUUCCAACAGAUUGCAGACCGGAUCCAACGUGCCAAGAAGGACGUCCAGGCCCGCAUCCAAGAGAUCAUGGAACUGGCACAGAAGAGUGGCACAACCAUCGAGUUCCUUGGCGAGGAGUUUGGGCACUUCAUCAAGGCCGAUCUGAGAAAGAAAAGAGAGACUGUUCAGAUCAAUCAACAGUCACCACCAGACCGCCAGGCCCCCAUGAAGUCUACAAUCAACCGCCCUGGUGGCUCAUCGCGCUCUUCGCCUACCCCCUCCGCCGCCCCGCCCAAGGACAUAAAUCACACCGCUAUCCCUCACGGAUACCCGCGCAAGAAUAUAUUCUACCCUGACGGCAUUUUCAACGUGAACGAAUGCCAUGUGUUAGCUGUUGUCGAAGCGCGGUUUCGCGGGCGGAGUAUCGGACGGGUCCAGGCUGAGUUUCACAAUCUGACGGGCCGGUACCUGGAGGUCGACGUGCUCAAGGCCAAGCUUGCCCAAGCGACGGAUCCCGACGAUGAUGUAACUAUGAACUGGAGGGACAUCUGUCGUCGUUAG